AUGGUCUUUUUUACUCGUAUAAACUGUGCUCGAUCUCUAUGGAAAGGUCCAAAUCUUGCUUCUUUUUCCUUAUCUUUAUCGAACGCUUCAAAAGAUGCUCCUCCAAUUAAAACUCAAGAAAGAUCUUGUACAAUUCUUCCUAGUUUUGUUGGCUUGCGUUUUUUGGUUCAUAAUGGGAAGGAUUAUGUGAAUGUUCUUGUAACAGAAGAUAUGGUUGGUCAUAAACUAGGAGAGUUUUCUCCAACACGAAAAAAAUUUUCAUAUAAAUACACAAAAAAUAAGUGA